CCCGGCCGGCCGCUCCCCUCCAUUUCCCCGCCUCUCCGCACGGCCCUGGCCCUUGCCUGCGUAUCUACAGACCAAUUCCAGGGCAGGAACCCAGCCCGUGCCGUAGGGGCGGAGCCGGGUGUUGUUGGAACCAGGGAGCACGGGAGGAGCGGGAUUGCGGGGACUUAGUCCCUUUCGACUUGCGGGGUCUUUGGUGCCGCGUGGGCGGCGGUUGCCCCCGGCUGACCUUCCGUGGGUCUUCUCUGUCGCUUGAAAUGUCUAUGAUUUUAUCUGCCUCAGUUAUUCGUGUUAGAGAUGGACUGCCGCUUUCUGCUUCUACUGACAAUGAACAAGGCACAGGCGUGCAGGAGUGCAGAAAGUACUUUAAAAUGCUCUCAAGGAAACUUGCUCAGCUUCCCGAUAGAAGUACACUGAAAACUGGUCAUUAUAACAUUAAUUUUAUUAGCUCUCUGGGAGUGAGCUACAUGAUGUUGUGCACUGAAAAUUACCCAAAUGUUUUGGCCUUCUCUUUCCUGGAUGAGCUUCAGAAGGAAUUCAUUACUACUUAUAACAUGUCGAAGACCAACACUGCUGUCAGGCCAUACUGUUUCAUUGAAUUUGAUAACUUCAUUCAGAGGACCAAGCAGCGAUAUAAUAAUCCCAGGUCUCUUUCAACAAAGAUAAAUCUAUCUGACAUGCAGACGGAAAUCAAGCUGAGACCCCCUUAUCAAAUUUCCUUGUGCGAACUGGGGUCAGCCAAUGGAGUCACAUCUGCAUUUUCUAUUGACUAUAAAGGUGCUGGUAAGAUUUCUUCUGCUCACCAGCGAUUGGAACCAGCAACUCUGUCAGGAAUUGUGGCAUUUAUCCUUAGUCUUUUAUGUGGAGCUCUGAAUUUAAUUCGAGGCUUUCAUGCCAUAGAAAGUCUUCUGCAGAGUGAUGGUGAGGAUUUUAAUUACAUCAUUGCAUUUUUUCUUGGAACAGCAGCCUGUCUUUACCAGUGCUAUUUACUUGUCUACUACACUGGCUGGCGGAAUGUCAAAUCUUUUUUGACUUUUGGCUUAAUCUGUCUAUGCAACAUGUAUCUCUAUGAACUUCGCAAUCUCUGGCAGCUUUUCUUUCACGUGACUGUGGGAGCGUUUGUGACACUACAGAUCUGGCUAAGGCAAGCCCAGGGUAAGGCUCCGGACUAUGAUGUCUGACACCAUCCUUCAAACGUAUUGCCUGGGCUUCGGGGAAAAAGGAGGGAGCAUGUCUUAACUGCCACUGUGAUGAGGAAGCUGUUCACCACAAACGAGAAGCUCUGCUUUCUUUCUCUCCAACUGUCCUUUUUGUUUAAGUCAACGUGGCAGGCCUGUGAGCAUGCGGUACCCUCGAAUGCAAACUCCUCUCAGAAGGAAGUUGGCCCUGAGAUUAUAGUCGAGGAGGAGGAGACCUCUCUGCAGAGCCCUUCCGGUGGAAGAGCCGUCAGCGCCAUUGGCACCCUGGCCAGCAGACCUGAAUCCCUGCUGAAGAGUUCAAUCAAAUAUAUCUUUAUCUUCGGAGGACCAAGCAGGAACUCUCCCAUCGGGGUUUGCCUUUGUGAGGCAUUAGUAUAGGCCAAAUAAAAAGAUCCGCAGUAAAUUGAAAAUUUGUUUCAAACAAAUGACUUGCUAAAUAUAAGAUUAUUUGCACAUUUAUGGUACCAUGAGUUUAUGAAGUCCAGAAUGGUCUGGAAUUGGUUCUUUUUUCUUUUAUAUUUUUGCUUGAGUUUUAACUCUGGUGCAGCAAACUCAUCUCUAGAACAUCAUAAGUACUGAAAGUACAGUGACCUGGGUUUCCUUUUUAGAUUACGUUGGUAGUAUCUUUUGAAAUCACUUUUUAAAAAUAUGAUUUGUUAGACUAAAGCCAUUGUUUUCCAAACAUAAAUCAUUUGAGUAUUACAUACUAUUAUUUACUUAAAAUUUUUUUUAAUUUUAAAAUAAUUUAAAAGGAAACCAAUAGCUACUCCAAGUGGGAAACCAGGAUCAGUUUCCCAUAAGUAAAAGAUAACUACAAGACAAAGUUAAAACAAAAAAAUGUUAACUGGAUUCUAGCUAGAUGCUAAUGCCUGCCAAGCCACUGAAUCGGAGAGGCCCGCUGUUUCUUUGUUGCAGUGAGACAGAGGUUACCCAGCACCACCAGACGCGCUCUCUGUGGAAUACUCAGGACAGAAGAAAAUUGUAAAGGGAAUGACAUUCUCACUGUGAUGCAGUAUUAUUUAGUUCAGGGUUGUGUGACACCUGAACCAUCUCGUGUGCCCAGGGUAGUGUCCUGCACUAGGGAAACACUGAACUGUAGUAAGAGAGCAGACGGUUACUUUUCUCCCAGCAGCUCAUUCCUUUAUGGCUCUGAGGAGUUAAGCACCUAGUAUCUUAGAGAACUUACUUGCUCUUUGAUAACAUUAUAAACAUGAAAGGAAACACAGUUUGAUUCCAUUAGCAAAAUCUACAACUUCCCUGGUUUUGGAAGUCAUCUUCAUGAGUUAUUUUCUUCUGUUUUUUAAAGAAAAUAUUCCAAACAAGAAAUUCAUAAGGUACUAAAAUUUGAUAUUCAGAAAAACAGUGGCCCCAUUCCAUGUAAUUUAUGUUAUUGGGCAUAUUUACUAAAUAGAAGAAAUAGUCCAGUGGGUUAAAGGCAUUGGCCUUGUUUGCCCAGAUCAUUACAGAUUGUAGGUAUGUCUACAGCUGCUUACCUAGAACCUUUCUGCUACACUCUCUUUUUAGGAGAAUGAGACAAAAGGAAGAUAAUAAGCUAAUGGUAUCAGGGAUUUAUUUAAAACAAGAAACUCCAAUUCACUCUAACUUUCUGUCUCUAACAAAACGGCACAGAAAUUAAUGUAUCUUUUGAGAGAUAACCCAUGAUCCUAAGUCAUCAAAAUAAAAUUAUUUUGUGUUUGGCA